GCCCAAUACAUACUUGUGAGAGGCUCUUGGGUAACCACAGAUGAUAUUGAUGCGUCACCCAACUUGCGAGCCAUCGGGAAGCAAGGUGUGGGCAUUGAUUCAUCUGCGUGCGUAAGACGCAGUAUCCAGAUCCUGAACACACCCGGGGCCAACGCUGGCACCGUCGCUGAGCUAGCGCUGGCUCUUGCGAUCGAUUGCCAAAGGAGACAUGUGGUGGCCAGACACUGCAUGAAAAGGCUGUCGCCCGCAUCUUCCGCAACCCUUUCAACUCGCCGUCAUUGCUUACGACCGUUCCUUCAUGCGGAUGCGUGGGAGGACAUCCCGCACACGAGGGUUUCUGUCAUCAAGGAUCUCUUGAGGGAUUCUGACAUUGUCACGCCGCACGUGCCUCUGAAAUCCGACAACAAGAGCAUAGCUUCUCUACCGCAAUUUAAACUAAUAAUAAAUAUGAUAUGUGGCGCAGGUCUGGAUACGCAUGAAGAAGAGGCGCAUACGAAAGAGGGGUAUGGCCGGCUGUGGGAAUUGGGGGUAAUGAGCACUCCAAACAUUGGAAGCGCGACCAGUGACACUCAGACAAUCGCCGGACUGACAACUGCUUCGCAGUCGUUGGAAUUCACACAAAACCCAUGGCCCCAUGAGAUUAUAAGUGCGGGAGGGAGAACG